AUGGCGGCCUCAUCUCCAUCAUCAUCGUCAUCUGCAUCACCGUCCCUGUCCCUGGGUGACCGGAUAGCUCUCGUCGUCGCAUGCCUCGUCGCAUGGCUCAGCGAAUUCCUCGAUCUUCGCUUUUCCUCGCCGAUCCCACCAAAACCGUCCUUUGAAAGAAGUAUUCCUGCCACAAUCUCGCGGCAGAAGGGAGUGAUUAGGUUGGUGUUUUAUACACCUACUUCGACUCCAACUGUAACUCAACCUUCAGAGAUAACCCAGCCCGAUAAUAUCUAUCCGGCAGCCUCUGAGGCAUCCUACCUUCGUCCUGCAGUGAUCAACUUUCAUGGUGGGGGCUGGAUCUUCGGCACACCGCGUAUGGACGCGCGAUGGGCCCACCGCAUCACCCAACAUGGCUACCAUUUCAUCAGCGUAGAUUAUCGGCUGGCACCAAAUCAUCCGUAUCCAACGCCUCUUGAAGACUGCGUCGAUGCCAUACUUUGGGUACAUGCCCAUGCAGAAGAGUAUGGAAUCGACAGGCAGAGAAUUGCGUUGAGUGGGUUCAGCGCUGGUGGGAAUAUGGUAUUUGCAGCGGCGUUUCGGCUUUGUGAGGAGUUGAGGUUGAGAUCGAGCAAGAAGGAUUUAGACGUCGGGGGUGAUAUGGGUACAAAUGCUGAGCGAACAGAAUCGAGCCUGAGGGCGAUAAUCUCCUUCUACCCCCUCGUUAAUCGGACUUUGACGGACGAAGAGAGAUAUACUGUGGAUCCACUCGCGAGGAAAAAAGAGCAAUAUAUACCCAGACCCUUGCUGAAUCUCUUCGCGAAGGCAUACAUCUGCGGGUCGGAUCGAGAGCACUUGGACCUCAACUCCCCUUUCCUGUCACCAGGUCUCGCAUCCGAUGGAUUACUAAGGGAUUGUUUGCCCGACAAGAUUGCGAUGUUCACAUGUGAGUGGGAUCGACUGAGGAACGAAGGCGAGACGUUCCGCGAGAGAUUGCUAAGCCUGGGUGGCAAGAAGAUUGGCGGAAGAGUUAUUAAGGAGACUAUUCAUGCCUGGGAUAGGCUGCCGACCUUCCACAGGGGUAAUCCGAAAAUGGAUGAGAUGUAUGAAGAGGCGGUUGGGUAUUUGAAGGAUUUCAUGGAUUGA